UACUUGAGAACUUUCAAUUCAUUCAAACCCACGUAGUUUUAGUAAAGAGAGCAGCACGUUUAAAAAAAAAUCAAUGGAAAAAAACGGAACUGAAGCAGAAGGUGUGAAGUAUUACCGUUUAUCGGAAGUGGAAGAACGAAACACAUUUAAAAGUACAUGGAUUAUCAUCGACUACAAAAUUUACGACGUAACUAAAUUUCUUGAGGAGCAUCCAGGUGGAGAGGAGGUGCUGCGUGAGCAGGCAGGUGGAGAUGCCACGGAGAGCUUUGAAGAUGUAGGACAUUCGACGGAUGCAAGAGAGAUGGCUAGAAGCAUGAUCGUUGGAGAACUUCAUCCAGAUGACAGGCCAAAGAUCGCCAAACCUCCAGAAUCACUUGUCACAACUAUUCCUGAAACAACAAGCUGGUGGACAAACUGGUUGAUACCAGCUUUGGCAGCAGCGAUCAUUACACUGAUGUACCGAAUGUACAGCUCAGAAGAUCAGGAAUGAUUGUGUUUUUGGUCUCUGCCUUGGAGGAGCUUUGGCAUCACUUUUACUGAACAACUGCAGUACUACAGUACCCAUAAUGCAUUUCAGACUAUUCAACCAAUCAGUCAUCGAAAACUAAUGAAGGCAUUCUUUUGUUACUAUGUACUGUGUCUCACUUUUCCACCCAUAAGAUUUAAACAUUGAUAUGUAGAAUGAAAAAAAGAGCUUUUAUUGAGAUAUGUUGAUGUGUAUGUUUGUAGAAUUGAAUUGAAUGUAAUGAAUUUUAAAAAACUGAAAAAUGAUGUUUGAUAUAUGCAUAUUUUGCUAUUGUGUUUAGCACAUCAGUUGUCUUUACACAGUCAUUCUUGUGCUGAUAAUUUGUGCAAUUAUGUCAGUGGUUCUGUCACUUCAUCUCAAAACAAAGAGCAUUAUUGGUAUAGUUCCCUGCCAUUAGAGAGAACUCAAAUACUCUUAAUUUUUUUCACAGAAAUCCUCUUUAAAUAACAGAUAAUAUAUAUGAUGUGGACAAUUAGUUUUUGGUGGAGAUAUGUCUUGUUUUGAUUCAGUGAAAAUCGUCAUGACAGUAUCACUCAAAAAGAAAGAACUACAGUCCUAAGAACCCAGCUUUGAGCCUCUUUGAAACUGCUUUUGCAAUAAUUAGCAUUAUUCUAGCAGCAGUGUAAGCAUAAGCAACUGGAAACUUCUUGAAGGAUUUUACAUUAAGUAGAUUAGAACUGAAGGUAUGAUAUGUUUUUGUUUUGUUUUUUAAUAUCCCAGUAUUGAACCAGUGCUCUCUGGGGUUGUUUCAUGGGAAUCUCUCUCUGUGAGACCAUGAAUCCCAAGAGAAGAAUCUAGAGACGUUUGCUUUUUAUAUAUAUAUAUAUUUUUAAAUGUGAAUCACAGUUUGGAAUCCUUUAAACAUCCCAGUUGGCACCAAGCUGUUUGAAAACAUACUGAAUCAGUCAAAACAGAUAUUUAAAAAAUAAGUAUUUAACAAUAUAUUUGUACUUUCAGUACACCCCUCUGCAUAUAAUCUUAAUAUGAUCAUUUGCUUGCUUAAUUUUUAAACAUUACACAAAUGCUUGUGCCCAUUUUUCAUAAUGUGAUCAUCAUCCUGAGACAGUCAAGGAACAAAUACACUAGUCUCUCUGGUUUUUGACGUAACAGCAAAAAUGUACCAAUCCUGUUAGAGAUAUAUAGUCUGUGUUUUUUAAGACUAUUUGAACAUUCGCUUUAAUGCAACAUAUUGUAUGUAAAUAACAGCGUAUCCUGAAACAUUCCUUUCUGUUUAACGUCAACCCAAUAACUACAGGUAACCGACAUACAUUAGUCUGAAAAGCGGCAUUAGUGGAAACACACGUGCCUUGAGACUAUUAUCAGCUGAUUCAAGUUAUCAUUGACGGAUGAAGCCACGUUGUCCCUCCGUUUGUGCUGCUAUAUUUUUAACGGAAAGAUUUCAAUGCUUAAAAAGUAGUUGACAUCAGUAGCACAGGCUGUGGUGCGUGCAGUAGCUGAAUUGUACAAAUGCAUUAUAUUUUACAAUAAAAUUGAUACUGUAUUUGUG